GAGCGCAUCAAACCAACCCAUUAAGUGCUGGGACAGAACUGGUGAAGCACAGGCUGCCGAGGGUCAAUCAGAUUACUGGGUAACAUGGAUUGUGACGUCAGGGUUUAGGACGCGUCGCGUUGACUUCAUGCAAAGCAGACGAGCGCUUUCCCCGGACGCGAAAGGACCGAGCCGCUCUCCUCCCGCAGACAGACGCCAGCAUGAGUCCACCGACACCGACCUGAAGGACAGACACAGCAGAAUGGCCUCGUAUCUGGAGAUAGCUGAUGACAGCGAAGGGCACGACCUGAGUCUUUUCUGUGUGCCGAAACACUACGAGGAGGAUUUGGACAGUGUUAUAAUACCCAAUGGCCUCAUUAAAGACAGGACUGAAAGGUUGGCCAGAGAUAUCGUUCGGGACAUGGGCGGGCAGCAUAUCGUGGCCCUCUGCGUUCUGAAAGGAGGGUAUAAGUUCUUCGCGGACCUGAUGGAUUACAUCAAGACGUUGAAUCAAAACAGCGAUAAGUCUGUGCCACUGACUGUGGAUUUCAUUAGACUAAAGAGCUACUCGAAUGAUCAGUCUACAAACUGUGUGAAGGUCAUCGGUGGAGAUGAAUUAUCUGCCCUUACUGGCAAAAAUGUGCUCAUUGUAGAGGAUAUUGUAGAGACGGGAAAAACUAUGGAAACGCUGCUCAAUCUAUUAAAUGAAUGUCAUCCUAAAAUGGUGAAAGUUGUCAGUUUACUUGUGAAAAGGACGCCCAGGAGCUCAGGAUACCGUCCAGACUAUAUUGGAUUUGAAGUCCCUGACAAGUUCCUAGUUGGAUAUGCUUUAGACUACAAUGAAUAUUUCAGGGAUCUGAGUCAUAUCUGUAUUUUAAGUGACCGAGCGAAAGAGAAAUAUAAAGUAUGAUAUGACACCCAAGUGCUGGACGCAUGAAGAAAAAGAUCACUGUGAACUUUUUUUGUUUUUGUUGUUGUUUUGUUAUUGUAAAAUUAUUUUUCUACAUGCCAUCUGAAAAGAAUACUGAACUCAUGACACAUGGAUUCCCAAAGAUAAAUGAUCGCACUUACAGUGCUGCCGUCAAGGAGGAAGGAGAGUGAAAAUGUCCCGUGUUAUAAUUAGUAAUCUAAUUUUAAUUGUCAUUACUGGUGAAGAUUAAGGGCAGAUUGAACUGAGGCCUUAGAUUAAUUGGUUUUAAGUUGGUUUUAUGUUCGCGUAAGUCCAUUUGGCUAAUACAAGUUUGGAUUUAGAGCUCAGAGACUGCAAAGCUAGUCACUGUUUGCUAGUUAUUGUUAUUUAUGAUAUAUUCUGUAGAUACUGACCCCAGAUUAUAUCCACACAUGGACGUCAUGAAGGCUUUGGUGGUGAAAUGGAGGCUUUUGAUCGCUGCAAUAAAAUUACACUGACAGUGCUA